AUGGAGUCGUCGUUGGUAGCAGUGAAAAUUCUUCAAAUUGCUUAUCUGUACUCAACUGCAGUCGGCUGUCUUACCUUUACAGCUGGCGUUAUUGGCAAUACAGUAAAUAUUCUAGUUUUCCUUCGAGUCGCACAUUUUCGUCAUCAUCGCAGUAUUUUUUAUUUAAUCAUCGAAUCCAUCUCGGACUUUCUCUAUCAAUUUUUCUCGAUUACAAUUACCGUCUUCAUAUCCCUUUAUGGUAACGACCUUACGAAUCGAGUGCUCGUUUGGUGUCGAUUAAAAUAUUUUUUCGCUCAAUCGUUCGGUCUUAUCACAUUCUCAAUGAUCUGCUUCCAAGCAGCAGAUCAAUUCUUUUCGACGAAUUAUCGAUGUGUCCUACGGCAAAUUUUCACCUAUACACUAGCACAAUACACAGCAUUCGGGACUGUUUGUAUCUGGCUUUUGCAUAGUCUUGCUUGCUCAUUCUACGUGAGUAUUAUUCCAUCGAUUGGAUGUAUCAUCUCUAAUUCGACAUGGAUUCAUUACGUAACCUAUGUGUUCUAUCCAGUUCUCGUUGGCUUUCUUCCGAUUACUAUCGCGUCAGUGUUUAGUCUUUUAGCCUAUCGGAAUGUUCGUCGUAUUAUCCGUCGACAAGUUCCCAUCGAACGCCGUCGAUUUGACCAACAAAUCACGGCGAUGAUCCUACUUCGAGUGAUAUGCUUCAUCAUUUUCACUCUACCUUAUAUAACGUUUCGAAUAUACAUCGUUAAUGUACCUGUAGAGCAAACAGAUCUGGUUCAUUAUGCACUUUCACAGUUAGUUCAAGUCAUCAUCGUCUCCAUUGUCAAUCUAAAUUACGCAGCUAAUUUUUAUAUAUUCUUCGUGUCGUCUGCACGCUACCGGCGACAAGUUAAAUAUGUUUUGACGAAGAAAUGCUGGAGAAAGUGGUUUAAUUGGAAUAUGAAAAGCGUUCAUCCGGAUAAUCUCAUUAACUAUCCGUCAAAUGUUGGAAUGGAAUGA